AUGGGUCGUGUUAUUCGCAAUCAGAGAAAGGGCCGCGGCUCGAUCUUUACCGCCAACACCAGACUCAACAAAGCGCCUGCGCAAUUCCGAACCCUCGAUUAUGCUGAGCGACACGGUUAUGUUCGUGGUGUCGUAAAGGACAUCAUUCACGACCCUGGACGAGGAGCUCCUCUCGCAAAAGUCGUAUUCCGCGAUCCUUACAGAUUCAAGCUUCACACCGAGACUUUCAUCGCCAACGAGGGAAUGUACACUGGUCAAUUCAUCUAUGCUGGCAAGCAUGCAGCCCUCACAGUUGGAAACGUCCUUCCACUCGGCUCCGUCCCAGAAGGAACUGUUAUUUCGAACGUUGAGGAGAAGGCUGGUGACCGUGGAACUCUAGGCCGUACAUCUGGUAACUACGUUACUGUUAUCGGACACAACCCAGAUGAGGGAAAGACUCGUGUCAAACUUCCAUCUGGAGCCAAGAAGGUCAUCAAGAGCAGUGCGCGUGGUAUGAUCGGUAUUGUUGCAGGUGGUGGACGAACAGACAAGCCCCUCUUGAAGGCAUCCCGUGCUAAGCACAAGUUCGCUGUCAAGCGUAACUCAUGGCCAAAGACUCGUGGUGUUGCUAUGAACCCUGUCGACCAUCCUCACGGAGGUGGUAACCAUCAACAUAUCGGUAAGGCGUCUACUAUUUCAAGAUACGCUGCACAGGGUCAAAAGGCGGGUCUUAUUGCUGCACGGAGAACUGGUCUGUUACGUGGUACACAAAAGACCAAGGAUUAG